CUUUGACAACACUAGCUACAUUGUUGCCAGUGGCGGUAGCCUUACUGUACAUGACGCCCCUAGUGGCCUAUCUCUCUAGCUAGCGUGAACCGCAAUAGCAAGCAGUUUGACAGAUUUAAAAAAAAAAAAAAAACAUCCUCUUGAUACGUAAUUUUAUUGUUAAUCCAAAUAAGAAUAUAAAAUAUAGUCAUGAAUCUUCGGGGGUUCUUUCAAGAUUUCAAUCCCAGUAAAUUCCUCAUCUAUGCCUGUCUGUUGCUGUUCUCUGUUCUACUAUCCUUGCGUCUGGAUGGCAUCAUCAAAUGGAGCUAUUGGGCUGUGUUUGCCCCCAUAUGGCUAUGGAAGCUAAUGGUUAUCAUCGGUGCCUCAGUUGGCACAGGCGUCUGGUCCCAUAACCCACAGUACAGGGCUGAGGGUGAAACCUGUGUGGAGUUCAAGGCCAUGCUGAUAGCGGUUGGGAUCCACCUACUCCUGCUCACCUUUGAGGUUCUGGUGUGUGACCGUGUGGAGAGGGGCACCCACUUCUGGCUGCUGGUCUUCAUGCCCCUCUUCUUCGUCUCGCCUGUCUCUGUUGCAGCAUGUGUGUGGGGCUUCCGCCAUGAUCGCUCUCUAGAGUUGGAGAUCUUGUGCUCGGUCAAUAUUCUCCAGUUUAUCUUCAUUGCCCUCCGACUGGAUAGAAUCAUCAGUUGGCCAUGGCUGGUCGUCUGUGUGCCACUGUGGAUCCUCAUGUCCUUCCUGUGCCUUGUGGUGCUCUACUACAUGGUGUGGUCAGUGCUCUUUCUGCGGUCUAUGGACGUUAUCGCAGAGCAACGGCGCACUCACAUCACCAUGGCGAUCAGCUGGAUUACAAUCGUUGUACCCUUGCUCACCUUUGAGAUCCUGUUGGUCCAUAAAUUGGAUGGCCACUACAGCUCCAGCUAUGUGUCAGUUUUCGUGCCUCUCUGGGUAUCCCUGGUGACUCUGAUGGCCACAACCUUUGGCCAGAAAGGAGGCAACCACUGGUGGUUUGGCAUCCGAAAAGACUUCUGCCAGUUUCUUCUUGAGCUCUUUCCCUUCCUGCGGGAGUAUGGGAACGUUUCUUAUGACCUGCACCAUGAGGACCCUGAGGUGUGCGAGGAGAUGCCUGCACACGACCCGCCAAAAAUAGCCCCGAUGUUCAGCAAAAAAAAUGGUGUGGUGAUCACACAGAGCCCAGGGAAGUACUUUGUGCCUCCUCCAAAACUGUGCAUUGACAUGCCUGACUAAAUGAAAGCUUUGCGACAACUGCUCUAGAGCUUUGAUGGCCUCCACAUGCACCAGACAGCUGGAUAAGUAUUUUUUACAACCACAUAUCUAUUUUUUAUUAAAUGGAAUGUUAUAGAAGGUUAAGUAGAAACUUACCCCAAAACUGUGAAUCACUUCCUCAUUAUUGUUGUGCAGUAUGGGUGCCCUGAAAAAGCACCCAAAUAUGGCCUUUUAGAAACGGCAUAUUACAUUGCGGAUAAAGUUCGGAAUGAUGCAAUUUCAUGUGUACAUAUCUAAAUACCUGCGUCACUAUACUGAGAGCUUUACCGUUUCUAAAGUAACCUAUUUUGGUGUUUUUGGAGCGUUUGUUCAUGGUUUUGGGGGGCCCCCAUAUUGCACAACGAGGAUGAGGAAGUGAUUUGCUGUUUGGAGUAAGUUUCUCAAAAACAAGUAAAAUCACAAAUAAAAAAGGUAGCUGGACCCUUCUAUAACAUGCCAUUUACAUCAGAAAUAGAGAUUUGGUUGUAAAAAAAACAAACAACUUCUCCUUUAAAGAAGAGGCAGAAGAGCAUAGCUUUCCAUGUAAGUCACUCCUAGUGAGCGAUGGGACCUGGUGGGACCGGAAUUUGGACAUGAGUUUUUUCUGAAAACAAAAAUCCAUGGCAGAGUAUGUGGAACAAAAGGCACUCUCAUAUCAACGUGUGUUUUUCCAUUGUAUUGGCAGUGGAAAGAACGAGUUCCUUUUCAUUGAUUUAUGUGAUAUACUGUAUAGUACUUUCUAUUUUCCUUGUGAUGUUCUGGCCGCCAACAAAAUAUCUCCAAAGCGUGCAUCCUCUUUUAAAAUUCAGAUAUCUUUCACAUUAUUCCAGUUGAAGAUACAUUCUGUUGUAUGUGUGUCAAAUUUCCCAAACCCUGAUUAUUAUUUUUUUGUAUCAAAGCUCAAAUACUAUAUGUUAGGAUGACAACACGAUCAUGCUUAUUAGUCUAUCCUUUUUAAACCUAAGAUUAGCUUGCUACUUGGGUAUAUUUGCUUUUGUUUAUUAAAUUAUUUAACUUCUA